AUGUCGCAUAAAAUACCAGAAACACAACUAGCAGAACGAUUACACGGUACAGAGCGUUAUUACACCGAUUCCCGAAUGCCAUUACCGAUGAUGGUCACCAGCGGAGUUGGCGUGGGAGGAAUGGGAGGACUGGGAGUGGGUGGUGGUCCAGUGGGUGGAAUGAGUGGCGUAGGAGUGGGGGGUGUAGGGAUGGCAGGAGGAAUUAACUGCGGAGUCGGGGUACCGAUGCACCACCAAAUGCCGAUCCACCACCCGGGGGUGCGCGUCGAUCUCGGGAACCACAUGAUCGGCGCGGACAGCCUCCACACUAUUUUAUCGACCGAAAACCUCCGAAAUAUACCGACGAACAAAAGCUACUAUUACGGCUGA